CUGGUCACAGGUCAGUGCUCAUACUUAUGUGCGUAAAUAAACCUAAGUACAGCUGAAAUACUAUCACUGCUACACGAUACCUGUAUUUCCCAGGGGUGUUUGUUGUCCGUCACGCGUACGUACCUUGCCUAGGUACAGGCAGAUAGUCCGACAAGGCUGAAGGCUGAAGCGACUACAUCCGUUUCCGAUUAGGCAUGUUUACUGUACAUGGAGAUUGCAAUGGAUUCCAAAAAGAACACAUGACUAGUGUGAAGAGGAGGCGUGUGGAGGAAGAACGCGAGAUGAACGGGACCAUGUCAAAUAACAACACAGUUGGGGAGCAACCCUCCGCAAGAUGCAGGAACUUUCUGCGCCUUGCUAGGAAUCCGUGUGUGCUACAGUCAGAACAAUGGAAGCCAGGAUACGAGACCCUCUACACACCACUGCAGGAGGAUGUAAUGAUCAACUUGCGUCAUACGGAGCAAAUAUCCUUCAGCUCUGGAUGUUUCUUUAUUGCCGACAUGGCCGGAAACUACCUCAAGAAAGACUCAGGUAAUGUAAUUAAUCUAUGGAGAUAUGACAAUGAAGCGAGACGUCUGUAUGUCGCACGCUCACUUCUAUUUACCAACUGGCAGGUCUAUGAAGAUUGUCUGUCCCAACUAGACUUCACCUGAAGCUACACUACUCACAUCGCCAAGUAUUAUAAUGCCAUGGCACAGCAUAACCAGAAGUAAACUGCCAAGCUGCCACUGGGUAUGCUAGUGGAAAUCAGGGUGAGAACGUGAAAUUAAUGUACGUAUGUUUUUAGGUCGAUUGUUUUACACACCGAUAACGGAGUUUUACAAGCCAUUUUAGAAUGAGUGUUUUAGAUAAUUAUAUCCUUCCAUAUUCAGUUAAUGAACAUUUACAAUGCAUGUAAAUUCCUAAAAUUUGCAUCUUUAACUUGUGAGCCUUUGUGUAUAACUGUUCUUCAUUCAUUUAGUUUUGUUGUUAGAAAAUCUCUCUCUGAAACACAUCAUGUAUAACUAGUUUUCAUAUAAUAAUAUCGGGAGUGUAUAGAUAAUAAUAAUAAUAAUAAUAAUAAUAAUCUAUUAUUAUACACUCCUGAUAAUGUGUAGCUAUUUUUCAGUACAACAUUAUAGUCAUAAUUUUUUCUUGACGUUUGGUACCUUUCUUGAUGUUUGAGUGAAUUGUAUACUAACACGUUUAUAUUUGUGUGCAUUUUCGAUGGUGCUGAACGCUUGACAUUUUCCAAGUUGUGGUUGUACAUAAUUAUGUCGAUAUGUGGAUGGGAAAUAUAGCUAGCUUUGCGUGUGUGCACGUCUAAGUAUUGUCAGUGUAAAUAUAGUAAUCUCCUGGCUAGGAUUAUGUGUAGAAUAUGGAACGAGACACUAUAGAAAAUCAGAGAUUUAUAUAAUUAAUGGAAAGUUUUUAUGCUGCACAUAUCAUCAUUUAUUAAUUUUAUAGCUUUGCAUUUAUAUUGGUGACUGUCAAAAUAUAACUGUCAGCCCAAAAUAGAA